AUGUCUACGACUUCUUCUCUUCCACUUCCCUCCUUCCACUUCUACUCUGCUACUGCCACUUCUACGCUCCUCAACUACCUCCUUCCUAAUCCGACUUCCCCCACGCUUGGCUCUUGGCACGACAUGUCUUGGCACAAGGAGAUGCUUCCUCUUCGGGUUAGAGCUCCCGAGGCCCACACUUCCAGAAGGGAGCAUCAGAAGUUGGAAGUCGAAAGAAGAGCGAGCAGCAUGAAGAAACAGCAUAAAGAAGAGCAGAGGGAAGACUCUCCUCUUCUACCUCUUCUACCUCCUCUUCUGCCUCUUCUCCCUCUUCCUCUACCUCUUCCUCUUCUACCUCCUACGUUAUGUUAUAUCUUCUACGUCCAUGUAUGUUCACGGUAUCCUGCUUCUCGUUCGUCAACAUCUGAAGCCUUCACAACCCAGCGCCGAUCAUGCAGACAUUACUUAAUGCCAACCCAGUAA